AUGGGGUCUGCAAUCCUUUUUAGCGUGUUGCGAAUGGCAGACAAAUUCAGACUUGCCAACAAUAUUAUUACAGAAACGAUUGUUGCUGCAAUGACUACUCGAAGAAGUGUUAGACAAAUGGCCUGUACUGCCAAUUCUUUACAAGCCCCCUUUUUGGCCAGUGAAAAUCAUUCUAAAAUGGUUAAUGGCACUCCUGACACUCUUUCAGAACAGUCCAUCACUCAGCACGACUCUGUGCUAGACAAUGUGCUUGAAACUGGAUCUGCCGAUGGCCCUGAUGAUAGAUCCGAUAUCUCCAUAUCUCGCACUAGUAGUGGCAGUAAUGUCAGUCACUCUUCUAAAACCAAUCGAAAUAAAAGACUUGUGCCUUUUAUAAUCUCAAAGAGAUCGGCUCAACCUCGUGCUGCUAAAACCAAUGCGUCCAAGUCUGCUGUUGAUAGUACUGCUGCUGCCGCUCAUGGAAACGAACCUCUCAAUAUCUGCGAUAUGUGGCAGACUGCAUUUAUUCAUAUGUUUUUAGUCUCCUUUUCUCCCUAUUUUAUCAACUUGCGACCGCCUGCUAAUUCUUCUAAUACCAACGGCAACUCAUCAUAUAACAACAGUCGUGAAGAAUAUAGAGUCAAUCUGGCAAAUAAUAUGGCUUCUUUUGUCAAAUCUUUGCCACAGUUGAACCCAGUAGAUCUCGAAAGAGAGUUGAGCUUGGACCAUUCGUCCGAACUGGUCGAAUCUAUUUUGAUUGCAUUCUGUGUCAAUCUAAGCAAUCUCGACUCUCGCACUCAUGCCCACAUUCUGGUUGCAUGGCCUCGAGUUGUCAACCGUCUUAUUCUCAGUCAUAUUGCUGCAGGAGAUGAUCAUUUCAGCACCUCUCCGAUUGUGCUUCCCGUUGCAAACAAGCUUAGAUCUACAGAUCAACGCACUGUUUUCACCAAUGACCAAACUAGUAAUCUAAACCCAAGCGGAAACUCCGCUGCUACCCUGACAAGCAAUCAAACAUCCGUUUCUAAACCAACCGUUGAAACACCUAUAGAACAAUCUUUAAAGUCAGAUGUUGCAUUGAACGGUGAACCAAACGAUAGCGCAUCUGAUAAUGAUGUUGAAAAUUCAAAUCCUCUCAAAUCCACCAUUUCUUCUGAAGUCAUGCAAGAGCGAAACACAGAAGCUCGUAUGAAUUUCUUUAAAUUAGAUCCAUCAAUUAAAGUCAAAAUUAUAUACGCUUUGGCUGACUGGCAACUAUGCGAAUGCGAGCCUAUUCAUGAAGCCAUUGAACAAGCGUUUAAAGAGCGUGCCAGUGCUAAAGAAAGACUCUUUCGCGCAGCCGCAAGAUUCAAUAUCAAGGAGCGGAAUUUCUCUAUCCGACCCGAGACUGCAGAGCAUUUAGCUGCAACCGAAAACAACUUGUUGAUGAUUCAAUCGAUUGGGAUCGAUAGAUUUAAACGCAAGGUCUAUCAUAUUGGAGACUAUCCACGUAUCUAUUCCAUGGAUAUGCAUGCUAAUAAGUGGAGCUCAAUAUGCUCUACUUUGAAUGAUCUCAUACACUAUGCUGAAGGAUUAAGUACUACCGGACCUGAAAAGGAAUUAAAAGAAUGUUUGGUAGGAACAUUGAUUCCACGGCUAACUGUUUUGGAGCAGAGGCGAGAAAAGCGUCGGAUCCGUCAGGAAAAAAUGCGACAGUUUAUGGAACGACCCAUCAUUCCAAGAGAACUGCGGCGUACACGUACGUCAGUAUCGUAUGCAGAAAUCAACAGCGACGAUGAUGCAAGUAAAUGUGAAAGUCCCACAUCUAGUUUGCAAAGUGGGCGAUCUUCCAAGCGUAGAAUGAAUGCUUCUGAUGACGUUUCUGAAACAUACUUUGAAGGCACUGAUACUAUGGGUGAUUCGAAUCAGGAUAUCAACGUUGAAGUAGAUGAUGACAUGAACCCUCGAUCGUUUAAAGACCAAGCAAACACAAGCACCGAAUCAGUGAGCAUGUCUUUUGGUUUAUCCCCACUUACAGGGAACCUGUUUUUUGGAAAACCUACAAACAAUAUAGGCUAUACAAGUUUGGAUUCAUUUUGA